AUGGCGGGGCCCGGGGCGGCCGCCAAGGCGCUGCUCCCGGCGGUCCUGCUGGCCCUGCUGGCGCCCUGGGCGGGCCGAGGGGGCGCCGCGCCCACCGCCCCCAACGGCACUCUGGAGGCCGAGCUGGAGCGCCGCUGGGAGAGCCUGGUGGUGCGCUCGCUGGCGCGCCUGCCGGUCGCCGCGCGGCCCAAGGAGGCGGCCGUCCAGAGCGGCGCCGGCGACUACCUGCUGGGCAUCAAGCGGCUGCGGCGGCUCUACUGCAACGUGGGCAUCGGCUUCCACCUCCAGGUGCUCCCCGACGGCCACAUCGGCGGCGUGCACGCGGACACGAGCGACAGCCUGCUGGAACUCUCGCCUGUAGAGCGGGGCGUCGUGAGCAUCUUCGGCGUCUCCAGCCGUUUCUUCGUGGCCAUGACCAACAGGGGCAGGCUCUACGGCUCCCCCUUCUUCACCGAUGAAUGCAAGUUCAAGGAAACGCUUCUCCCCAACAACUACAACGCCUACGAGUCCUACCAGUACCCUGGCCUGUUCAUCGCGCUGAGUAAGAAUGGGAAGACCAAGAAGGGGAACCGAGUGUCCCCCACCAUGAGGGUCACCCACUUCCUCCCCCGGCUGUGA